CGGGAGUGAGUGGGGGGAGGCGGAGUCACGGCACUUCUGCCAGGGCCGCCAUUUUUGCACAGGGAAAAGAGACAGGAUUGAAGGGAUCCAGUUUCUAACUGUCGGCACAGAUAGGGGCAAAUGUAUCGUGUUUAAACACAUUAAAACUAUGUGUUUGGAUUAAAAGACCACAGGACGUGCGAAGCGAAAUAAGAGCAUUGAGUAGUGCAACUUGUAGCCAUUUGAAAAGCUUUGUUACACAUCCGCAGUGGAGAGCGAAGUAUUGUUUUGGUUGUGUGGUAGAUCAGGCGGCGGGGUCUCACCCGAGUCCCCCGUGUUUUUAUUCACCGUUAUUACAGUGGACAUUAACGGCCUUGUGGAUGCACUUAGAUGUGUGCAAUGAGUGCUGUGGCUGACAUGCCUCAGUGUUUUGGAUUGCUGUGCUCUGGACUCAGUAGGACAAGAGACUCCCAGCACAGAACGUCAUGAGCAUAGUCUUCCCAGUAGGGGUGGACACGGCCAACACCUCGUACCUGGACAUGGCUGCAGGCUCAGAACCAGAAUCUGUGGAGGCCAGCUCCGUUGUAGUGGAGAAGUCCAGCUACCCUCACCAGAUUUACAGCAGUGGCUCGCACCACUCCCACGGCUACAUCGGUCUGCCUUACGCCGACCAUAACUAUGGGGCGCGACCCCCGCCCACCCCGCCAGCGUCCCCCCCUCCCUCGGUGCUAAUACGGCCGGGCGAGAGUUUGUUUGUGUCUGGGGGCCGGGCGAGCGAGGGCCUGUUUGUGCCGGGCGGGCAGGACGAGGCGUCGCGCGGCACCACGCUCAGCACCUCGGAAGACGGCAGCUACGGUGCUGACAUCACACGCUGCAUCUGCGGCUUUACCCAUGACGAUGGCUACAUGAUCUGCUGCGAUAAGUGCAGUGUUUGGCAGCAUAUUGACUGCAUGGGGAUCGACCGGCAAAACAUUCCCGAGACGUACCUGUGUGAACGCUGUCAGCCCCGCACGCUGGACAGAGAGCACGCCAUCCUACUGCAAACCAGGAAGAGAGAGAACAUGUCUGAUGGGGACACCAGUGCUACGGAAAGUGGAGAUGAGGUUCCACUAGAGCUGUACACAGCCUUUCAGCACACCCCUACCAGCAUCACACUCACCACAGCUCGUCUCGGCAACAAACAGACCGAUAAAAAGCGAAAAAAGAGCGGAGAGAAGGAACCCACGGCUCCACCCAGGGCAAAGAAGGCAUUCCGUGAAGGCUCUAGAAAAUCAUCUAGAGUUAAGGGCUCAGCUCCCGAGUGUGAGCCAACAGAUCCUCCUUCUCUUUGGGAGAAUAAGAUGAAGUCAUGGAUGGAGCGCUACGAAGAGGCCAGCAGUAACCAGUACAGUGAAGAAGUGCGGAUACUGCUUCGAGUCAAAGAGGCCAGAGAUGGCAAGACGCUGGCCUAUAACACGCACACCGCAGCCUUUAAACCACCUGUAGAGAGUCACAUACAAAAAAACAAACGCAUUUUAAAGGCUGUGCGGGAUUUGGCUGCUGACUCGCUCAUAAUCGAAUACCGGGGGAAAGUCAUGCUGCGACAGCAGUUUGAGGCCAAUGGUUACUUUUUUAAGAGGCCGUACCCUUUCGUAUUGUUCUACUCUAAGUUUGACGGUUUGGAAAUGUGCGUGGACGCUCGGAGCUUUGGGAACGAGGCCCGAUUCAUCCGUCGCUCAUGUACGCCCAACGCUGAGGUGCGGCACGUGAUCGAGGACGGCAUGCUGCAUUUAUACAUUUAUUCUUUGAGAUCCAUCCUCAAGGGCAGCGAGAUCACCAUCGGCUUUGAUUAUGACUACGGCAGCUGUAAAUAUAAGGUGGACUGUGCUUGUUUAAAAGGCAAUCUGGAAUGCCCUGUGCUAAAGCAGAAUUUAGAGCCUACAGAAAAUUUGGGUUCUAGCACACGACGCCGUGGCCGCAAGGACAGAGAACCGUCACGGGAAGAGACCGGACAGAACCAGAACCUCAUCAUGGACUGUGACGGCUCCAAAGCGAAACCGCUUAAUGACGGCAAACAGAGAAAACUCUCUCCUCUACGCCUCUCUAUCUCUAACAAUCAGGAUCCUGAGUUAAUAGAGGAUCUAGAAGAGAAAACCUCCAUUAGCAAUGAAGUAGAGAUGGAGUCAGAGGAGCAGAUUGCAGAGAGGAAGAGGAAGAUGGGCAGCCUGGCAGAGGAGUCCCAUUGUCACGUCGCGGGGGCUUCCUGCUGCAGAGCCCUGAGAAACAAAAACAAGGAGACGCGUGAAGAAAGGAAAAUGGAGGCCAUUCUGCAGGCGUUCGCUCGGAUGGAGAAGAGAGAGAAACGACGAGAGCAGGCGUUAGAGAGAAUCGGCACUAAGGGGGAGAUCGGUGGGCGCAGCGAUAUAAAGGAAGAGCCACCGCCCACACCAGAGGCUGAAUGUCCUGCUAUAAUACAGCCCAUGAUUGAGAUUGUGAAGGAAGAGAGUCUAAAGCCAGGCAAAGUGAGCCGUACCAAGCAGAGAAAAAGCUUCUCGCGGAAUCGCACUCACAUCGGACAGCAGAGGCGGCGAUCCCGCACAGUCAGUUCCUGCUCCGAAUUACCACCUAAUUCCCCCGGUGACGGUUUAGAGUCUCAUGACUCUGCAGAGACUCAUGACGGAGAGAUGCCCUUAGCUCCUGAGAUUGACGUGCCUCCAUCGCAUGCUCCUGACGCCAGCCCGCCUCAGAGCAGCUCGCCUGCCCCAGCGUCCCGCGGUGGGCAGAAGUACCCCAAAACUAAAAAGCACUUAGUGAGCGAAUGGAUGGGUGUCGAGAAACCAGAGCGGGGAGCUUCACGGACGCCAGAGCUGCCACCUGAGAGGCCGCUGCGGAUAAGCAGUGACCCCGAGGUCUUGGCUACGCAAUUAAACUCUCUUCCAGGCAUGGCCUGCAGCUCACACGUCUACAGCACACCCAAACACUACGUCCGUUUCUCAUCUCCGUUUUUGGCCAGCCGAAGUCCUAGCACCCCUGGGGUGCCCACGAGCCGGAGGCGCUCGCGAGAGCUGCCCGAAACGCCACCUACCACUGGCUCCUGCAAGAAGCGCUGGCUAAAGCAAGCUUUAGAAGAGGAGGGCUCUACCAGUCCGGGAGCAGGACGCCUUUCUCUGCUGAUGCCCAGUGAAAGCCCUCUCAGUCCCUCCAUCAAUGGAGAGUCUUGCAGCCCUCUACCCCUUAACGGCAGUUGCUCACUACCAGAGUUGCCUACCCCGUUGAAGAAACGGCGCUUAUGUUCAGUUGAUCCAUACUUGUCGGAGACCUCCACCCCAUAUGGAUCUCCAUGUGCCACCCCAACGCGAACAGAUUCGACAGACACACCAGGCACGCCCCUGUUGCUAGCCACGCCUCCUCGACCGCGCCCAGAAGACCUGAGUACUGAAUCCUUGGCUUCAUUACAGGUUCCCAGCCACCCUCCACAACAGAGCGAGUCAUCUAUGGACAGCUCUCCAGAUGGUAGCAGGAGGCCGAGCACACAAGACUUGGACCGGCCACCUUCGCUCUUGGCAUCUCCCUGUGCAAGGACAGUCGUCCCUGAUACUGCACCACAGGAAUCUAUAAAACCUGCCGGGUCCCAGAGUCCUCAGCCUUCGCUCACUGAGCCUCAGGAUGUAGCCGGUGAUGAUGGCAUGGAGGUCGACGGUAGUGGCUCAGAAGCUGCCUCGACAUCUGAUACACCCGUGUCUUCUUAUCCCCCCUGGAUAAAGAGUCCAGACCGAGGUGGUCUCUCUUUUUCCUCAGUGAACUCUAAUUUGAGAGACCUCACGCCCUCUCACACUUUGGAAUUAGGAGCGUACCGGCCAGAUUCGACCUCUGCUAGCCCCUUCAGCGACACGGCGCCCUUUUUUUCCUGUGGUGAGGAGAGCGGUGGCGUAACCUUUACUCGCUCAUUAAGUGGAGAUGGCACUGGGGAUGGAGGUGCAGCGAAAAACCCAUCACAGAAGAAAAAGGUCUCUCUCCUGGAGUACAGAAAACGGCAGCGUGAAGCACGGCGAAGUGGCUCGAAGGGAGAGUGCAGCUCUCCUCUUUCCACAGCACCUCCUGUUGACAUAUUUCCUGUUUCUGUGGAAAUAGCUAUUGAGCCACCUGUAUUUGCAGCGACUAUGACCCCAAGGACUCCUCAACCAAUUGAAGAGCCAGAUGCCCCACCUCAGGGGGAGGGAGAGGGCCAGUGGACAUCUUCCACAUCAGUAGAACAGGCGAGGGAGCGAGGCUACCAUAGGGCCCUGUUGUUGAGUGACCAUCGAAAGGACACGGAUGGAGAGGGAGAAGGGGAUGCUCAGAUGAAGGAAUGUCUUUCACCCAAGAGUUGCAAAAGUCCCUCAACAAAUGCACCCUGUUCUCCGGCACCCCAGAUUGUGUCUCGCCCAUCCAAGGAUGAAGAGAGUGAAACGCAACCUCACGGUCCUUCUCAACCCCAGGCACUGUCCGUCCAGCAGUCCAGCACCACCAAGACUUCAAGCUCCAAACCACCGGCUUCUCUGACGCCCAGCAAGAUGGCAUCCCAGAGUCACUAUCCUGGAUCUUCGCUCAUGCACUCUCCCAAAGCGCAACCCCAAGGAUCACCUUACCGUGGCCAGCGAACCUUUUUGACAGCUCAGUCGCAAAGCCAGCCUCAGCCGCAGGCUACUUCUGUCCCGGCCCCUUUCCCUCAGUAUAACCCUCAAAAUGCCCCACCUCCGCCACCACCUCCUCCCCCAGCACCUCCUACCACUGCUCCCUACUUUCCUACCCAGCCAGCUGCAGCAGCUGCACCUUUUCCCGCGUUCAAGCCAACCGUUGCGUCGCCGUUUCCACCUGGCUCACAGCCUCUCCUGCAGCCCCAUCAUGCAUUGCACUACCAAAGCAGUGCUGCCCCUCCCCCACCACCACCUCCUCCCCCUCCCCAUCCACAGUCUGGCCCCACCUUGCUGCAUGUCAAUCUGCAACCUCCUCCAAUGCAGCAGCAUCAACUGCUGCUGAGCUCCGCCCUGCCCCCACCGCCACCUCCACCACCUCAGACCCAAAGUUCCCAGCAACCCCAGCCUACGCUUGUCAAACAAGGACCACACCCAUCGACCUUACCACCUUCCAGUAAUGCACCACACCCGUUUCAGAACAUUAGUGGCUUUCAGACCACCCUACUUCACCAGUCGGCACCAUCCAACCCCUCGGUAACUCCUUCCACUUAUCAACAAACUGUAUUACCCCCUCCCCCUCCUCCGCCACUCCAGCAAACUCCUCCCACGCAGGCACCGGCCAAUGCGAAUGUCUCGCAGAUUGCCGGAGGCAAUCGAGGACCCGCCCCUUCGUCGGCCCCCUUUCACAGUACUGGCUACUUGGGCACAGGAUGGCACUGACCUCACCUUAUCAAACCCCACCCCCAGACGAACUCUUCCAGAGAUGGGGUGGAGCCACACCGUGUAACAUAGGCAACACAGCACCACUGUAAAUAUUUUCUAUGUACCUUUUCACAAUGGCUAACGGUGGGGAAAAGGGUACAUUUUAAAAAGAAAAAUGGAGAACUGUUAAAACAAGACUGUGUAAAAGAUGAUGGUUAAUGAACCCUGGUGCUCAUCACUUACCCUCAAAUCUCUCCUUGUACUGCCAUCCUGUCUUUUCCAGAUAUCUACAUUUACUUUUAAUGUUUUUAUUCGUUUUAAAUCCCCUUUCCUAUCUCUUCCUGUCAGAUCCCUCCUCUAUCCUCCCACUGCAUUGCAAUGCAAUGGGCCAUUCCAGUCUUAUCCUCACCUUUCCCUUCCUUUCCCGUUCUGUCACAGUUUUUUCGUUCAUCAGUUAUUUGUUUUAUCUAGUGGCUCAUUAUAUAGCAAAAACGUUUUGUAUAGAGAAAAAAUACAGAAUUAUUAUUUUUUUUAUUCCUUCAUGUAACAAAAUAUCUGUGCACCGCUGCAGAAAUACAGAGAAGACCUUUCCGAUAGGCCGCUUCACUGCCCCAGGAGACUGCACUUGCGUGAAUGAGCAAGGUUGUUUGUACGAAUGUCUGUAUCAGAGCGGAGGGGAUGUUUGUGCGUGUAUGCUUGUGUGUCCGCGCGCAAGAAGCGGAAGGUUAAUACGCCGCAGACAGAUGCGUGCUGUUCUCUGAGGCAGCUUUAAAAGAGAGAGGUCCUUCCUGUAGGGGGUAAGCGGUUUAUUUUUGAAUAUCAAUGGUUAUUUGUAGAAAGUGUAAUUUAAUGUACAUGUGGUUACUCCACCUUUCUCCAGAAACAGUUGUACAUAUUGGCUUCUUUUCUUUUCUAUGCUUGUAUAAUCGCUCCCAUCCCCAUUUUGGAAUAUGGUUGUAAAUACAUGCGCUCUUGGCAAAAAGCUGAAUGUUUCUGUGACAGUAGCACUAUUUUUAUUUCUUCCUCUCUCUGGUUUAAUUUUUUUUUACUGUUUGUGUGUGAGUGUAUGUGUGUGUGAAGGACAGAGGUUCACAGACACAGCACUGGUUGGCUAUUUUCAUGGUUCAUUAUAAUAAAUCACUGUAAUGACAGUUUUAUACCAA